CCAUGAGGUCGCUGCCAACCGCCAAUAAAUUCUACAGCAGAAGCAGAAGCAGCUGUCGCUUCAAUGUUUGUCCCUUUGUUGACGAGCAACAGAGCAUAACGUGUAGGCGACGGACAAAUUCUGAACAUGGACCUCAUCGUUGAAGAUAUUUACGAGAGCAGGGUAAAGGAGGAGAACCAGGACUCGCAUUUCAUCGACCAGGACAGCUCCAAGAGCGGGAUAAAGGAGGAGAACAGAGACUCGUAUUUCAGCGACCAUGACAGCUCCAUGAGCGUAAUAAAGGAGGAGAACCAGGACUGGCAUGUCAGCGAUCAUGACAGCUCCAAGAGCGGGAUGAAGGAGGAGAACCGGGACUCGGACCACUGGAGCAACCAUUCCGCUGGUCCCAGCGAUCAACAGGGAGGCGGAAGUGGACUGAAACAUCAUCACUAUCAGGACUGUGACAAGACCUUCACGACAUCCAGUGAUUUGGACACUCAUCAGAAAGUUCACACCGAGGACAACCCAUACAGCUGUGACCAGUGUGGUAAAGCAUUCGGAGUCUUAAGUGACCUGAAUGAACAUCGACGUAUUCACACUGGGGAGAAACCUUACUGGUGUGACCAUUGUGGUAAAACGUUCUCUCACAACAGCGUGCUAAAGGUUCACCAGUGUGUUCACACUAAGGAGAAGCCGUAUACCUGUGACCAGUGUGGCAGAGCUUUUACACAGAAAGGUAACCUUAAAGUUCAUCAGCACAUCCACACUGGAGAGAAAUCUUACCAUUGUGACCAGUGUGAUAAAACCUUCUCUCAUAACAGUGCCCUAAAAGUUCACCAGCGUGUUCACACUAAGGAGAAGCCGUAUACCUGUGACCAUUGUGGUAAAGCAUUCUCUGAUAACAGUACCCUAAAAACUCACCAGCGUAUUCACACUAAGGAGAAGCCGUAUACUUGUGACCAGUGUGGCAAAGCUUUUGCUCGUGGUCAUUGCCUUAAAGGACAUCAACGCACUCACACUGGAGAGAAACCUUACUGGUGCGACCAGUGUGGUAAAACCUUCUCUCAUAACAGUGCCCUAAAAUCCCACCAGCGUGUUCACAGUAACGAGAAGCCGUAUAACUGUGACCAGUGCGGCAAACCUUUUGCACGGAUAAGUAAUCUUAAAGUUCAUCAACGAACUCACACUGGAGAGAAACCUUACUGGUGUGACCAGUGUGGUAAAGCUUUCACUCGUAACAGUACCCUACAAACUCACCAGUGUGUUCACACUGAGAAGCUGUAUGCCUGUGACCAGCUUUUAAACAGAUAUGGAUUCCUAAAGUUCAUCAAAGCACCCACGCUGGAGAGAAACCUUACUGGUGUGAACAGUGUGGUAGAACUUUCUCUCAACACGGUACCCUAAAACCUCACCAGCCUGUUCACAUCGAGGAGAAGGAAGUCUUCUCUCUGUAACAGUCUGGGCAUUCAGAAUUGAGAUGUAAUAAACAUCAAAGUGGCCACGGCAUGUUCAUUUAACUCGUUACCAGCCAUUUAACAUUUAUUCUUGGGUACCUCUAGAUUAGCUUUGCACCUCUCAUAACUCCAAAUAGUCUGUAAUUAUUUCAGAAUGAUAAAACCAGAGAGCUCCUUCCUAAAAACGAGAGGGUAGUUUGUGAAUACGCACAGCUCCUGUUGGCAGUGUUGUGUUGAAAGUGGACAGCACAAUGAACUGCAACGGCAUUAAUUAAUUUGAAUUUCUCCUCCAUCGGUAG